CCUUCCUCUCCUUCCCCACCCACACACCUUCUGCGCGGUGGGGGGGCCUUCAUUACCAUCCACCCCCAUCUUAAUCAUCAUCUUCAACCUGCAUCCACCAUGACUCAUACAAACUCAAGACCAACUACCUCUACCAAGAAACCACUCUCAAACCUCAUCAUACCAACAACAACCCUAACAACCACAACAACAACCCCAACCAACCAACACCAACAACAACAACAACACCAACAACAGAUCGAUAUCCAAGCCAUCAACCAAACACUCAGCUCACCCAUCAACUCAUCCUUCCCACUCUUCGCAACCAAUCCUCAACCAAACAGCGCACUCCAACUGGAUAUCGAAUCAGAGGACGAUGAAGAGGAGGAUCCAUACCAACCAUCGACGAGCCACUACAGGCAGUUUGGUGACAUCGAGAACGAGGAAAUCUUACACUCUGGCUAUCUACUCAAGAAGGGCGAACGCAGAAAGACCUGGAAACGAAGAUGGUUCGUACUCCGAAAGACUUGCUUGGUCUACUACAAGAACGAGAAAGAAUACUGCCUCUUGAGAAUCAUUCCCUUGACCGAGAUCCACACCUGUGCUGAGGUCGAGGUCAAACAGUACGAUAACACCUUCGGCAUCGUCACCCCUGCUCGUACCUACUACGUCCGUGCUCGCUCCAGAACUGAACGCAACCAAUGGACCAGCAAAGUCACUGCAGCCUCACUCCUACUCAAAUCUCUCGAAAACCCUCAACGACCUCAACCAUCUGCUCAAAAACCAUCCAGUAAUCCUGCCACACCCUCAGCUAUCACCAUCAUCAACCAACCUUGUUAUCCCACUGGACUACCCCCCACACCCAUCUGCUCACCCAACCAAACAACCACCAAUCCGAUCUCAAUCGUCCAACACGGCGAGCCCUCCUCCUCCUCCUCUGCGGUCUCAUGGGCAUCCGACCAUUUCAACCUCUGCCAGCCGAGCAAGGUCGAGGCACUCGACAACACGGCCACCAUCACCAAGGCCUCGAUCCGUCGAGGGCUCUCACUCUCCGCCCAACCCUUCGAGACCGCUCCUUAUGAGUCUCCCGCAUCAUACCACCAUCCUCCCAUGCCCUUCCGGGCCAAUCUCAGUAGCGCGGGUUCUAGUGCUGGAAAUCAUCAACAAUCCUCAGAGACUAGCUUUGCUACCUCACAGCCCUCCCAAGUCCCUCAACACUCUAUCCCCGCACUCAUGAGUAGCUCCGAGGAAGAUAACGAAGUCGACGACACCCUUCCACCUACUCGUCGUGCCACUUGCGGCCCUAACACACACGACCAUCUUAUCCACAACCCUACCGAUAAUCUUACUAUCCCUGUUCCAAUCCUUCCCGAGCGUAAAGUCUCCCUCCCCGAGGCCGGAAAGACCAUCAUUCAAGGCUAUCUCAUGAAACAGGGCAAGAGGAAGAAUUGGAGGAAACGUUACUUUAUGUUGACGAGUCAAAAGCUUAUUUAUUCGCGAACACACAUGGAUGUUGGAGGACGACACACGCGGCAGAUACCGAUUGGGCGAUUACUCGAUGCGAUCGAACACGAGUCUGCGCCGGAAUCGCCAGGGAUCCUGAGUGGUUCAGUUGUAGGGGGGACGACGAGCACCCAUUCCGGUGGUGGUGGGGGUCCUUCUGGUCCAUCCACUCAUCAUGAAGAUCAUUACUUUAAAAUCAUCACUUCGCAGCGCAAUUAUCUGCUCAAUGCGCCCACCGAAGACGACGAAAUCAGAUGGAUCUCCGCGAUUCGUUGUCUCCUCGACUCUCAUCGCGCUAAUCUUCCUCGAUCUUUCGACGGCAUCCUCGAUCAUCCUAUCAAUCCUUGAUCCCCCUCUCUCUUUCUCUCUUCUAUCUGUUCCUACUCGAUCACUCUCAUCCUCUCUUUUUUUCGUUCUCCCGUCGUCGUCGUCUAUCUCUCUCUUUGGCUACUCCUCGUUUGAUCCUCAAGAUCUCGUUUUUUUCUUUCUUUUUUUUUCACCUUCUGUUAAACCAAAACCAAAACCCUCCAAAAAAAACUUGAACCUCAUUCGCUUAUCUCUCCUUUUGUCUGUCUGUCUUUUUUUUCUUUUUUCAAUUUGUAUGUAUGUACCCGUUCAUUCCAAUCUUUUUUAAUCUUUUGUUGCAAUUUCUAUUUAUUUUUCUAUUCCCCCCCCCCAAAAAAAAAC